GAAAGUAGAUUGCACAAUGUUCGCGAGCUCAUCAGUUGGAACAGGGUCGUCGUCGUUUAAGCUCGUUGGAUUUACGCGGUACCAAUGUUUUUUUGAUAGCUGUGCUCUACCGUGUGGUCCCUUCUACAACAAAGUUCUAGUAUGCAGAGCUUUCAGUUAAAUAUGAAACCUAUUAUUGAAGAAACUUCUCCUUUUGCCAUCAUGUGAUAAAACUGACCAAUCAAAAUCGGCGUUUUUGAACGAGGCGUUAUAAAAGGGUUUUAGCUGUAGCUGCAGUGUGGGAUGCUGUUGACCAAAGCCAAUGGUGUGUUGGAGAAUCUAACUAAAGUUAUGGACCCGAAGAGCCAUCCGGCGCUGCAUGGGUACCAGCAGAAUGCCCCAAACGUCAACGCAGGGUCCAAUGGUAAUCUGACAAGCCCAUCUAAAAUGACUGACAACUCUGUGUACGACUUUGACAAUCAUCAGAGUGAAGAUGAUGAGCCGGGCAGACUGGUUUCCCAGGGACCUGGUACCUCUGUGCAGUCGCUGCGGCGAGGGCGGCUCACUAACCAGCUGCAGUACCUUCUCAAGAAGGUUCUUGUCCCUUUGUGGAAACACCAUUAUGCAUGGCCUUUCCACAAACCUGUAGAUGCAGAAAAACUGAAUCUCAAGGACUAUCAUAAAAUCAUCAAACAUCCAAUGGACUUAGGUACCAUCAAAAAGAGACUGGAAACAAGUCAAUAUUUCUCUGCCAAAGAUUGUGUGCAAGACUUCAACACCAUGUUCACCAACUGCUACGUCUACAACCAACCUGGAGAUGAUAUCACAAUUAUGGCACAAGAGCUGGAGAAGCUGUUUCUUUUGAAGGUUGCCAAAAUGCCACCUGAGGAAGUCGAAAUUACCAAAGGUAGUAGCAAAAAAGGUGGUGGGAAGAAAGGUGCCAAAGGUGCAGCAGCAAGGGCAGUAGCUAAUAAGCUGCGGCGGGCAGCCUCCCUCAAUACACCAGGCACUUCACCUGGAAUGCUUGGUGCUCCUUCUUCUUUGGACACUAUGAGCAACAACAUAGAGAGUGCUGGAGAUUCAUCAUCACCACCUGCUCUCACAGUCCAUACUCCCUCAGCUGCUGGCUCAAAAUUAGCUCACUCUAACACAUCACAGACACAGACAACAUAUUCACCUCCAUCAUCCUUGACCCCUGGUCCUCUUAGGACUGGCAGUUUGACUGCAGCUUUAUCAGCAGGGCCUUCAAACCAGCUGACAAUGAAUCCUGCAGUUGAGCUCGAGUCUGUACAACCAGCCAUGGCUGAACAUCAGGGGGUGGUACCACCACCACAACCUACAAAGUUAAGAAAAGGGGUCAAGAGAAAAGCAGAUACAACCACACCCAGUGGCUACUCAAAUGAAUUGGUACCUUCAGACUACGGUGAAUCGGUUUAUGAGCCUGAGAAACUUAACUCUCACAGCUCUCAUGGGCCACCUACUCGCAGGGAGAGUGUCCGUCAAAUUAAAAAACCUAAACGCGACCUGCUUGAUGAACAGGGAGCAGUCAGCACGAUGGUAAAUAGCCAUCUUUUGCCACAUUCGGAGAACCAGAGUACCUCCAAAAACAAGAAAGGGAAAUUGUCUGAACAGUUGAAGUACUGUGCUCAGAUUGUUAAGGAAUUAAUGACAAAAAAACAUGCGGCAAUAGCAUGGCCUUUCUACAAGCCAGUAGAUGCCACAAAUCUUGGUCUCCAUGACUAUCAUGAAAUCAUCAAAAAGCCUAUGGAUUUGAGCACAGUAAAGGCAAAGAUGGAUAACAGAGAAUACAAAACUGUCCGUGACUUUGAAGAGGACAUGCGUCUAAUCUUCACAAACUGCUAUAGGUACAAUGCACCAGACACAGAUGUAGUCAUUAUGGCCAGAAAGCUGCAGGAUGUGUUUGAGCUUAAAUUUGCUAAGAUGCCUGAUGAGCCAGCUCCUGCAGAACCAACACCACCUGCGAGUGUAUCUGGCAUUGGCAAAGGGGACGAUGGUGACCACUCACUGCUCACAUCAGAUGACGAGUCUGAGAGUGAUGAUGAUGGCAACACCAGUGAGGAGGAAAGGGAGAGAAAAAUAAAAGACUUGCAAGACCAGCUGGCACGUGUUCAAGAGCAGCUGGCUGCCCUAACAAAGGAACACCUACAAAAGAUAAAAGAAAAAAGGGAAAAAACAUCCAAAAGAAAGAAGAAGAAGAAAGAAAAAAGAGAACCUGAAGUGAAAAAAGAACCUGUUGAAGUUGUUCAACCACUGCCAGCAGCACCUUCUGUCCCAACUAGUGCUGUUGUCAGUGCCCCACCAUCAGCAGUGGUAACAGACACUCCAAAACCAAAGAAAAAGAAGCAGCGUUCUCCCUCUUCUAAACGAUCCAAGGGAGCAAAUCGUACAUCAAAGCGCAAAUCCUCAACUGCUUCCCUUCAGCCCCCAGUGCUUCCCCCAUAUGAUAGUGACGAUGAAGACAAUGUUAAACCAAUGACUUAUGAUGAAAAGAGACAGCUCAGCCUGGACAUCAAUAAGCUGCCAGGAGACAAGCUUGGAAGAGUUGUGCAUAUAAUACAGACUCGAGAGGCAUCUCUACGUAAUUCUAAUCCAGAUGAAAUAGAGAUAGACUUUGAGACACUUAAGCCAUCAACUCUUAGAGAACUUGAGAAAUAUGUGAUGUCCUGCUUGAAAAAGAAGCCACGAAAACCAUACUUAAAACGACCAUCAAACAAGCCAAAGGAAGUAGCUCAACAAGAGAAGAAACAAGAGAUAGAGCGGCGUCUAAUGGGCGUGCAAGAGCAGUUAGGUCAGACAGCGAAGAAAACUAACAAAAAAGAAGAUGGCAGCUCAGAGGUUGGUGCUGGUGGGCGGUUGAGCGCCAGCUCCAGUAGCAGUUCAGGCUCUGACUCCAGUUCAGAGAGUAGCAGUUCUUCUUCCUCUGAAUCCUCAGACUCGGAAUCAGAACUCAUGCAUGAUAAGAAGAAACAAAAAUCCUCCAGCCAUGGAAGUGUAGCCAAGUCAUGGCCUCCACCUACUGCUGGUGGGAAACAAAACCCCACACCAGGCAUACCCAUGCCAGCCAUUAGUCCCAGCCCAGGACCGGUAGCAAGUCAAGGGAGUGUCCUCCCUAGCAUAAACAGUCAGGCAGAGGCUAGCAUCGUCUCGCCACUUAUCCAGGCAAACGCACGCUUACCUCGGCUACCCUCUGGCACUCUGGCAUCAGGGCUACCACCUUCCUUUCCAACUGCCGCCGAAGCAGGCCUAGGUGUGCAGAGUAUAGGUGGUCAUAACAUUUCCCCUCCAUUGUCUGCUCGUCCUUUGAUGGAUCCAUUGGUAGCUGCAACUUCUAGUUCCCGUCCACAUAAAAGUGUGUCUCCCAGGAGAGCUUCAGUACCUACAGAUACAGUUCCUAUCAUGCACAACUUGCCGCAGCAGCCUGCUCGCCCAUCAGCUAUGGCAACACCCAAACCUCAGAUGCCUAAUAAACCCACUUUGAAUGCUAUUCUGAGUGGAAGUAAGCAGCAGAUACCCUCAGCAUCUUCUCCUCCCGCCUUCACCACUUCUGCUUCUUUUAACACUUCUCCGAUCUCACAACUGGAUGUUGAGCUGUCCCGAGGACUGGAGCCUGAAAAUGUUUCCCCACUGUCUGGAGUAAGAGGACCAGGAACCAUUGCAGGCAUUGGCAAUGGUGCCAGCAACACAACACGUGACCUAUCUACAGGAUCGAGUCUGAGCUACUUCCUAGGAGAGGAAGACUCUGCUAGCCCUCCACCUAGCCCAGUGAAACAGGCUCCUCCUGCACCACCUGGUGCUACUGUCUCAGCAGCAGCUGGUGUUGGGGUAUCUUACGGAGUGACUUCAGCUCAUAAUGCUGCUGCUCCAGUAGUAGUGGCUGGUGGUGCACUUGACUUGAAAAAGGCUGAAACAAAGGUGCCCUUGUCAGCUUUUCAAAAGAAGCAGGAUGUACGGUUAAAAAACGCUGAUUCCUGGACCAGCCUAGCCAGUCUCUCACAAUCAAGCUCAUCACAGAUGGCCCGCAAAGAACCAGCAGCAGCCAAUAGUUUUGCUCAGUUCCGCAAACAAGCAAAAGAGAAGGAGGAGCGGGAGAAAGCUUUGAAGCAGCAGGAAAUGAACCGUAAGAUUCAGAAAGAACAGGCAGAGAAAGAACGACUGCGUCGUGAACAAGAAAAACAAAAGGAACGUGAAGAAAAUGAUAUUCUGGAUCAGAUACACCAGAAACAGCGUCUGCAGCAACAGCAGCAGCGUGAAGAAGAAAUGCGACGGCAGCAGGCCCUUCAAAUGGAGCAAGCCAAUAGGGUUAAAGAAGUUGAGCGACUGAAAGAGCAGGAACGUCGACGCAGAGAAGCUAUGGCCAACAAGAUUGACAUGAAUGCACAAAGCGACUUGAUGGCUGAUUUUGAAGAAGGUCUUUGAGAUAAGAAGCAACAGAAGGAUUGAAAGGGACUGACAACAUGCAAAGACUUGGAUACAAGGCAUCUGCCAACCUCCCUUUCACCCCUAGUAUCUGUCAAGGCUGGCUACAAAAUCAGGGACGAAGGUCACAUGCAGGUGUUUUAUGGUUCUGUGCUUCCUACUGUAAGAUGAAUUGGUGCUGCUGGAGUCGGCAGAGAAUGCUAAGCUUUUUACAGCACUGAAGUGUUUUAAGGCUUUGCAACAAGACCAUUGUAUUCGAGAUUAAGGAGGACAGUAGAUUGAGAAGCACACAGGUGGGAAUAGGCUCAUCAGAGAUUUCCUUCUAUUCCUGCAUCUGAAUGCAGUUGCAGAAGUAACUGUUUUUUAUGCUGAAGUGGUUUUUUUUUUUUGGUUUUUUUUUAAAUUUUCAAUUGAUCAGAUGAUUGAGAAGAGUGAAGAUGGAGAAGCAGUUCUGAAUAGCUACAAGUUAAUGGACUACCCCCUCCAUUUUGAGAGGUGAAAGAAAACAGCACUUAAAAAACAAAUAGAAGGGCUUUUGGUGAUUUGUCUAGUCAAAGAGAGGAAUGUUGCUCUGGAUACUGGACUGACUACAAUGUGCUGCUGACUGGGGAAGGCCUCAACAUAGCACCUGUGCACCAGAAAAGAACCAGGCAGCAUAUUAUUUUUUAUUUUAUUUUUUAAUAUUUUCAAAGCAUGAAACACUGAAAACUUUGCAUAAAGCAUGUAUAUUAUGGCAUAUUAAGAGUGAGGUGUCAUGCAAAGGAACGAUACACAAGCCAUUCUGCAGCCAUACUGUGCAUUUAAGAUGCAAGAAAUGGAUGUGCUCAGGACUUAUAUUCAGUUUGGUUGACUGAAAUAUCGUCACCUGCCGGGCCCCAUGACAUGGCAAUGCCAUUGUCUGUUGUGAUGGUCACUGCAGAAAUAUAGCUUUGUUCUUUCAGGUUGUCAAAAUGCAUCCAACCAUGUCUCAAAAGGAGUACUAUGCACAGUGUGUGGAUGUGUUUUUGGAUAUUUGGAUUCACUAUGAAAUAUACCAGAGCAUCCUCCAUGCAAUGAUGUCUAACAGCUGGCAUAAAAAAAAAUGAGCUUUUACAGGACGACCCUAGGAUUGAUAAAUGUAAGAGACGCUAGACAUGAAUGGUGCUUUACCCAGAAAGGUGUUACAUGCCUGUCAAACUGGGACCAAUUCCUUCACCACCUUAGGCUGUACACCUGAUGGUGAGCACAAAGGUCUGUUCCAACAAGGGUGUUGCACGUUUGUGUUUGCAAACAUCAGACCAUUCUCUGGCAUGAUGUUUUUCCUUCUCUGACCCUCGCACCCUCCCCAAAUAGUGCUCAGCCUGUCAUGUGACAAAAGACUGCAGUUGGGGAGAAAGGAAGAUCAUGUGUUGAAAGGUAUGCAGUGCAUUUGUAAAAAGUGUGUCAAGUUUGUGUGCUUCCUGGGCUGUGUUGCUGAACACAACAAAAGAUGUGCUAGUGUAUUUAUCAGAGCUGCAGCAUUGACAGAUUGCAAACUUUGAAUGAGACUAGAGACUAUUGCCAUAUCCCUAUCUUGAUACAUCACUAUCAUCUGUAAAAACAAGAGGAAGAGAAAAUCAUGUGUUGUGGGAAUGUUGUCAUUGAGUCUUGCCUCAAAUUGUGACUGUAUUUUAUAACAGAAAUGAGGAUUAUACUGAUAUCUAUGCUGUGACGAUCUGAGGACUGUAUAGUGGUGGACAUGGACAACACCUGUUGGUUAAAAGAUGUGAUCACCUACUGAAAAACUCAACACGAUCUGUUGCUAACUUCCCAUAUGUUAAAGCUGUGUCAGUGUGUGGUGUAUGUAUGCAUAAGUGUUUCUGCAGGACAACAACUAUAUCACAUUUUGUUACUUGGUAGAGUGUAUGUACAGGCAUGGUUGGGCAGGUAUGUGUGGAUAGUGUGUGCUUAUAUGCAGAUGCUUGUGUGAGCAGAAACAGAAUAUAGUUAAAAUGCUCAGUAUUGACUUUUUCUUAUGUGUGUUACAGAAGUUCAGUGCAUUUUUUUUCAGAAAAAAAGCUUGUCUACAGAAUCUUGUCUUAUUGAUUUGUUUAUUAUCAGACCACCAAAUUAGUGGUUUAGAGAAGUCUGACGAAGAAUGUAAACCACUUUGCUCACCAGUAUAGUGUGCUACUGCAUUUUGUGCCGAGACAAAAACAAAAUUCCCAGCCAACAGAGGCAAUGCCCUAAAUAAAAAGAUGACUCGGAAAACAGCA